UGUUAACUGCUCAGUGCUCAAUCUUAUGACUGUCUUGUAUUGAACAGCAUCGCCGCGGCGUUCACGUCUCUCUCAAAAAAAAAAACCAUGGGAAACACGUGCACUGCAUCACUUUUACAACGACCACCAUGUCGGAUGAUCAGCAAAUUGCUAUCCCGGUGAACCGUACCGACGACUGCCAUGCCGAACAGCCGCCAAAGGACGACGCCGCAGCCGCUGAAGGACGACGCGUCCUGCCCCAUACCGCCGCCGAAUUACGAAACCAAAAUGUUGGCAGAGAAAGAUGACGCCGGCAAACUACGAUGCCAUCUUCGCACCGGUGCCAAACACUGACGAUGGUCGCACAUUGCCGCCAAAGGCAGACGCCAGCUCCGCACCUCCACCGAUGGACGACAUUGCACCCCCAGCCCGUCUAUCACCGUUGCCUUUGGACGAAACAGUCCUCAUUAAGGCCAACAAUGGUUUUGAAAACGCUGACAGCAUCGCCGCGGCGUUCACGUCUCUCUCAAAAAAAAAACCAUGGGAAACACGUGCACUGCAUCACUUUUACAACGACCGCCAUGUCGGAUGAUCAGCAAAUUGCUAUCCCGGUGAUCCGUACCGACGACUGCCAUGCCGAACAGCCGCCAAAAGACGACGCCGCAGCCGCCACAUGCCCAAUACAGCCGCUGAAGGACGACGCGUCCUGCUCCAUACCGCCGCCGAAUUACGAAACCAAAAUGUCGGAUUCCGGAUUGUUGGCAGAGAAAGAUGACGCCUCUAGUUUCACACCGCCUCCAAACUACGAUGCCAUCUUCGCACCGGUGCCAAACACUGACGAUGGUCGCACAUUGCCGCCAAAGGCAGACGCCAGCUCCGCACCUCCACCGAUGGACGACAUUGCACCCCCAGCCCGCCUAUCACUGUUGCCUUUGGACGAAACAGUCCUCAUUAAGGCCAACAAUGGUCUUGAAAACGCUGACAGUGGCUUACAGAAAAAUAAGGUUGACACACCCAAAGAAGAUGUUCAUAAACUCAAAGAAAAUGUGAGGGGUCAUGCUCAGCGCUCACCACAAUCAGAACUCAAGUCUUCAUUAGAACCCAUUAAGGAAAUUGCUUCGGCAAGUACUGAGGUGCCCGUGGUAAUUGAUUGUAUAGUAUCAACUGAAUCAGCAAAUUCUUUAGCUAUAAAUGUAAAACCACUAUUCACAGUCAUUCAAUUAGGAAAACUAAUGAAUAAAGAUUGUGAGGAUACUGAUCCCGGAGUCACUGGCCGCAUGACAUUAUUGUUUAUGUCAACAGUAAACAGCCUAGAAUAUUAUCAAACUGUUAUUGAUGCUGUUAUCAGGGAUUCCAACGAAGACCUAGCAUUAUAA